UUUGGCCCAUUCCGACCCACUUCCCGCCUGCCCCGGGGCCUGCUCUUGCAGAGGCGGGCGGUAUGGCGCCCUCUCUUGCGGUGCCUGGUGGGGGGUUGCAGGGCUACCUUUUCCAGCUGCACGACACUCUUCGGAGCGCAGACCCCGGCAGCGCAGCUCUCCAUGGCCACAGCCUGAUUCGCUCCGUAGCGGAGUCGUGCGUCCUCAGCAGUGGAGACGACCUCCUGGCCUUGCAGAUUUCACUGGUGUUUUCUAAAGAAAACGGACUAUUAUCAUUUAUCCAUAAGUCGCUGGGUGUUGAGGAGUUUAGAGAAUGCAGAGAAGAAGCAUUAAAAUUUAUUCUUGCCUUUAUGGAAAAGAUUGGCCCCAAAGUUCAGCCUUAUGCACAAGAUAUAAAGCGGAUGUGUGUUAUUGUUUAUACAAAAGACAGAUCAGCAAAAUGUGGAAUUCCAGCUCUAGAGCUACUGAUCAAGCUGCUUCAAAAUGUACAAGCGUCGCAUGCAAUGGAAGACAUAAAAGUUGGAGAAAUCUUUAACAAAUUUUAUGGAGAAAUUGCUAUAAAAAGCAAAGUGCCUGAUACAGUGUUGGAAAGGAUUUAUGAGCUCUUGGGAGUCUUGGGAGAAGUCCAACCUAGUGAAAUGCUUGACAAUGCUGAAAAACUAUUCCGUGCUUAUCUGGGAGAAUUAAAAAUACAGAUGACCUCUGCAACAAGACAACCUAAGUUCCCUAUUGUAGGAGGGUGUCUGAAAGGACUGACUGCUCUUAUGCAUAACUUUACCAAAUCCAUGGAUGAAGAUCCCCAAACUUCAAAAGAGAUCUUUGAUUUUGCAGUUAAGGCAAUAAGUCCACAGAUUGAUUUAAAAAGAUACGCAGUGCCUCUUGCUGGUCUGCAUUUAUUCAGUAAGCAUGCUGUUCAGUUCAGCACUUGUCUUUUAGACAAUUAUGACUUACUGUUUCGAACAAUGUCCGACUGGUGUGGCCACCAAAAUGCAGAACUCAAGAAAGCUGGUCAUUCUGCACUGGAUUCAUUUCUUAAACAGGUUUCAUCAAUGGUUGCCAAAAAUGUUGAAGUGCAUAAGAGCAAGCUACACUUCUUUAUGGAACAGUUUUAUGCUAUCAUCAGAAAUAUGGAUGCUAGCAACAAAGAACUGUCCAUUGCUAUUCGUGGUUAUGGACUAUUUGCAGCGCCUUGUAAAGUUAUCAAUCCAAAGGAUGUUGACUUCAUGUAUGUUGAACUCCUUCAGCGCUGUAAGCAAAUGUAUCUUACUGAGGCAGAAACAAUUGAUGACCAUGUGUAUCAGCUACCAAGCUUUCUUCAAUCCAUUGCAAGUGUUAUAUUCCACUUGGACACUAUUCCUGAGGUAUACACUCCAGUUCUUGAACGUCUUAUAGUAGUUCAAAUAGAUAGUUUCCCACAAUAUAGUGCCAAGAUGCAAACUGCAUGUUGUAAAUCUAUUGUAAAAGUAUUUUUAGCUUUGGCAGCAAAAGGCCCUGUACUGUGGAGUUUUAUGAGCACUGUCGUGCAUCAGGGUUUAAUCAGAAUCUGUUCAAAACCACUGGUCUUUUCAAGGGAUUUUUCGGAGAAGAAUAUUUCCAACUCAGAAGAACCAAAUUCAUUUGGAGAAGUAAGGGCUGGGAAAUGGAAGGUGCCUUCAUACAAGGAUUACUUGAAUCUCUUUAGAAGCUUACUUAGCUGUGAUACGAUGAAGGACAUCACCUUGGCAGAUGAAGCCUUUCUAAUUGAAAAUUCACCACUACAGUCUCUAAAUCGUCUGUUAUAUGAUGAACUCAUAAAAUCUAUCAUAAAAGUAAUUGAUAAGCUGGAUCUUACAGUUCAGAAACAGAACAUUAAUGAAGAGAAGGAUGGAAGUGAAGGUGAUAUUCAUCUGACAAUUCCUACCUCUGAUCCAGCUGCAAACCUUCAGCCAUCUAAGCCUAAAGACUAUACAGCCUUCAUUAACUUAGUGGAGUUUUGCAGAGAGAUCCUUUCAGAGAAGCAUAUUAAAUACUUUGAACCAUGGAUUUAUUCAUUUGGUUAUGAGCUGAUUAUACAGGCAACACAUUUACCUUUAAUUAGUGGAUUUUACAAGCUGCUGUCUAUUGCCAUGAAAAUUGCAAAGAAGACUAAAUAUUUUGCGGGUGUCAAUCCAAAGAGUAAAAAAAAAUGUCCUGAAGAUCCAGAGAAGAGUUCCUGUUUUGCAUUAUUUUCCAAGUUUGGAAAAGAGGUAACUGCAAAAAUGAAGCAGUACAAAGAUGAGUUAUUAGCAUCCUGUCUGACUUUUGUGCUUUCCCUGCCAUGUGACAUCAUCAUGCUUGAUAUUAAAGCAUAUGUUCCUGCUUUGCAGAAUGCUUUUAAGCUGGGUCUUAGCUACACUCCAAUGGCUGAUGUGGCAUUGGAUGCACUGGAGGACUGGUCAUCCCACAUUCCCAGAUAUACCAUUCAGCCUUAUUACAAAGACGUCGUGCCUUGCCUUGAUGAUUAUUUGAAAACUUCUGCAUCAGCAGAUGAAUCUCAGAAUACUUGGGAAGUGAAGAAACUUUCCAAGGCCAUCCAGAAAGGAAGGAACAAAGUAGUGAUCCAGCAUCUGAAAAAAUCAAAGAAUCUCGAAUUGGAGGAAGAUCCAUCUUUAGAAGCAGUAAGAGCUAGAGUUGUACGUCUUCUUGGAACUUUGGGAGGACAAAUCAAUCGGAAUUUAGUUACAGCUGCUUCUGCAGAGGAAAAGAUGAAGAAAUUUGUAUCCUGGGAUAUAGAGAAGCAUUUGAAUUUUGCAGUUCCAUUUGCUGAUAUGAAGCCCAUUAUAUACCUGGAUUUAUUCUUGCCUCGGGUCACUGAAUUGGCUCUUUGUGCUAGUGACAGACAAACUAAGGUUGCAGCUUGUGAGCUCUUGCAUAGCAUCGUUAUGUUCAUGUUGGGAAAAGCUUCUCAGAUACCCGAAGGACAAGAGAAUUCCCCACCAAUGUUUCAGUUGUAUAAACGUUUGUUUCCUGUACUGCUUCGGCUUGCUUGUGAUGUGGACCAGGUUACAAGACAACUCUAUGGGACUUUAGUAAUGGAAUUAAUACACUGGUUCACAAACAAUAAAAAGUUUGAAAGCCAAGACACUGUGACUUUACUAGAAGCAAUUUUGGAUGGGAUAGUGGAUCCUGUAGACAGCACUUUAAGAGACUUCUGUGGUCAAUGUGUUCGUGAAUUUUUGAAAUGGUCCAUUAAGCAAACUACUCCACAGCAGCAAGAGAAAAGUCCAGUGAACACCAAAUCUCUUUUUAAGAGGCUGUACAGCCUUGCUCUCCAUCCUAAUGCUUUCAAACGCCUAGGAGCUGCGCUUGCUUUUAACAACAUUUACCGAGAGUUUAGAGAAGAGAAUGCUCUGGUGGACCAGUUUGUCUUUGAAGCAUUGGUUGUAUACUUGGAAAGCCUGACCUUGACACACGGAGAUGAGAAGUCUUUAGGUACAAUUCAACAGUGUUGCGAUGCUGUUGAUCACCUCAAGCGUAUCAUUAAACAUAAAGCAUCUAUUUUGAACAAAAAAAGCAAUCGGAGAUUACCUCGGGGAUUUCCAUCUAGAUUUAUUUGUUUAGAGGAUGUUGUCAUGUGGCUUUUAAGGCAGUGUGGACAACCCCAAACUGCAUGCCGACACAAAGUCAUGGAACUUUUCUUUGAAUUUGUUCCCUUGUUGCCAGGAAACAAAUCCCCAUCUUCAUGGUUGGGUGAUGUUGUUCAGAAACAAGGCAUCUCUUUUCUCAUAAAGAAAUUUGAAGGAGGAGGAUAUGAGGGUGAAAGUGUCUCCGGAAUCUUAUCUCAUCCAACCCUCUAUGAUUUGCAAGAGAUCUUUAGUUUGCGAGCUGUUGUACAAUGGAUGGAUAUGCUUCUAGCUGCUUUAGACUGUUACAAUACCUUUAUCGAGCAGGGAAUGAUAAAACCAAAUGAGAUAUUAGCUACAAAUACAGAGUCUUCAUUCUUAAGAUCACUGGAGUUCUUCCUUGGAAAAAUUGCCUUGCACAAUAUAUCUGGUGCAGAACAGUGCUUCAGCAAUGCAUCCAAAGGUGAUAUGUUGUUGAGCCCACAAGAAAGAGAAGAAUACAAUUACAGCAAAUGUACAAUUAUAGUUCGGAUUAUGGUUUUUAGCAGCAUGAUUUUGGAGACUCACCAGCAACAUUUCUGGAAGCUGCUUGAGAAAGAGCUGCUUAAUGAUAAUCUAAUAAAACUUGUUGUGAAAACCAUCUGUGACCCAAAAAGCAUAGGCUUUAACAUAGCUGAUGUACAAGUUAUAGAAAAUCUCCCAGAUGUUUGUGUGAGGCUAGUAAAAGCUUUGAUGAAAUCUCCUUAUAAAGAAUCUUUGGAGAACAGUAUAAAAGAAAUAAUAUCAAAUAAAAGCAUUGAAGAGCUUUGCACUGUUGAUUUGUACAAUCCAGAAGCCCGGCUAGAUCAUAUUAGAUAUGGAUCCAUUCUUUCUGCGUGCAGACAGCUUCACAAGGCCGGUUUACUACACUGUAUUUUGCAGUCUGAGGGUGCAGAUCUACACUUUGAAACUGGUUCUAAGCUCAUUCUAGUAGUAUACAAAGGAAUUGCACCAGGAGAUGAAAGAAGGUCCCUUCCCUCAUUAGACAUCAGCAGUAAACAAUUAGCCGAGGGGCUUCUGCAUCUGGCUUUUGCUUUUGGUGUCCGGUGCACAGAGCUGGUGAGCCUCCUGUUGAACACAUUGAUGUUAUCAGUACCGUUAUCUGGAAUAUCCCAAGAAAAUCUUAUCAACUUUUCUCAUGGAGAGUAUUUCUAUAGCCUCUUCUUAGAAACCAUUAACCGAGAGUUGCUGAAAAAUCUGGAGAUUGCUGUACUUGAGCUUAUGAAAUCAGCCUUAGAUAGCCCCAAAAUGGUUAGUACAGUUUUGAAUGGUAUGUUGGAUCAAAGCUUUAAAGACCGUGCUACUUGCAAGCAACAAGGAGUGAAAUUAGUUGCUGCUAUUUUAAAACACUGGGGGCAUCUUGACCACUGGUGGGCCAAAGAUUCUUCUCCUGAGAGCAAAAUGUCUGUUUUGACCCUACUGGCUAAAGUUCUGCAGAUUGACUCUUCAGUGUCAUUUACUCAUCAUGAGGCAUUUUCCCAUGUUUUUAAUACAUACACAAGUCUACUUACUGACCAGAAGUUGGGUCUAAAUCUCAAGAGUCAAGCAAUUAUUAUUCUACCAUUCUUCACUAAUCUUGUUGGAGAAGGACUUCAUAGCCUUAAACAUGCACUUGAUCAACUUGUAGCACUUAAUUUCCCUUUGAGAUCAGAUGAGUUUCCUAAGGGAACUUUAAGGUACAAUAACUAUGUGGAUUGCAUAAAAAAAUUUUUAGAUGCACUAGAACUAUCCCAGAACUCUACAUUAUUGGAGUUGAUAACAAAAAUUCUUUGUAGGGACCAUAAACAUAUAAUGGAGGAAUUAUUCAAGAUCAGCUUCAAAAGAAUUGCCAGAAGGGGCAGCUGUGAAAGGCAAACACUGUUGUUGGAUACCGUGCACCAAAUGUUCCAGAGUGAAACCCUUCUUUCAAAUACAACCCAGCAAGCCUAUGUAGAUCGAUGUCUUCUCAUACUGUUGCUUCACUGCAGCUUAGAUGCACUGAAAGAAUUUUUAAGUAAGAUUAUCACAGAGGCAAUGGAUACACUGAAGUCCAGGUUUACGAAGUCAAAUGAAACUGCUUUUGAAAUGCAACUAAUCAAAAAAAUAAGUUAUUACAAGAUUCUAGAAGUUACGUACUCCCGUCUUUCCAAAGAAGAAGUAUAUUCUAAAGAUUCCAGAAUUAACCAAGCUUUUCAGCGCUCUACCCACAUAGAGGGGAAUGAACUUACAAAAACACUUAUAAAGUCCUGUUAUGAUGCCUUUACAGAAAACAUGUCAGGUGAAACUCAGUUGUUGGAAAAGAGGAGACAGUUUCAUUGUGCUGCAUAUAAUUGUGCCAUUGCUGUUAUCAGCUGUGUCUUCAAUGAAAGUAAAUUCUAUCAAGGUUUUCUGUUCACCGAAAAACCAGACAAAAAUCUGCUUAUUUUUGAAAACUUGUUGGAUUUACAGCACCGUUAUUCAUUUCCCAUAGAGAUUGAGGUUCCUCUGGAAAGGAAAAAACAGUACAUAUCUAUUAGGAAAGAAGCCAGACAAGCAAUGAGUGGGGAUUCAGCUGAACCACGCUAUUUAGCAUCUGCAUCAUAUAUGGUAGACAGCAGUUUAAGUGAAGAAAUGAGCCAGUUUGAUUUCUCAACUGGAAUACAGAGUUUUUCAUACAGCUCUGAAGGUCCUACCAGUUCUGAUUCCCACUUCAGGAAUAAGGAGAUUACAGAUACUGUGGUUCCAGAUGAUGUGAUGGAAUUGGAAAUGGAUGAGCUCAAUCAGCACGAGUGUAUGGCUUCUAUGACAACCCUGCUGAAACAUAUGCAUAGAAAUAACAUCACACCUGUGGUAGGAAAAGAUACAGAUUCACAAGAACUUCCUCCAUGGAUGAAGUUUUUGCACAGCAAGCUGGGAAAUUCUACUGUACCUCUAAAUAUUCGCCUCUUUGUAGCAAAACUCAUUGUGAAUACAGAGGAAGUUUUCCAGCCAUAUGCAAAGUGGUGGCUGGGUCCUUUACUGCAGCUGGUUGUUUCUGGAGAUAAUGGAGGAGAAGGAAUUCAUUACAUGGUGGUGGAGAUAGUGGUCACCCUGCUUUCAUGGACUAGUGUGGCAACUCCUAAAGGAAACAUUAAGGAUGAAGUCUUGGCAAACAGGUUGUUAGAGUUCCUAAUGAAAAAUGUGUUUCAUCAGAAAAGAGCAGUGUUUAGACAUAACCUAGAAAUAAUCAAGACAGUAAUAGAGUGCUGGAAGGACUGUCUGAGCAUCCCUUACAGGAUAAUAUUCGAACAAUUUUCUGGUGGAGAUGCUAAUACAAAAGACAAUUCGGUGGGAAUUCAAUUAUUAGGAAUUGUUCUUGCUAAUAAUUUGCCUCCAUAUGAUCCAAAGUGUGAAAUAGAUAGUAUAAGAUACUUCCAAGCAUUGUCUAACAACAUGGCUCUAAUAAGAUACAAGGAAGUGUAUGCUGCUGCUGCUGAAGUACUAGGACUCAUUCUUCAGUACACUGCCGAGAAAGAAAAUACAUUUGAAGGUCCAAUUUAUGACAUGGUCAUAAAACAAUUAAAGCUGCAUCAGAACACUAGAGAUGACAAAUUUAUUGUAUGCCUGAAUAAAGUCACAAAGAACUUCCCUCCUCUUGCUGAUAGAUUUAUGAACGUUGUCUUCUUUUUGAUACCAAAACUUCAUGGAGUAAUGAAAACUCACUGCUUGGAAGUAGUAAUGUGCCGUGCCCAAGAAACAGCUGAUCUGUACUUACAGUUGAAGAGUAAGGAAUUCACACAAGUCAUGUGUCACAGAGAUGAUGAAAGGCAAACAAUAUGCUUAAAUAUUGUAUACAAGAUGUUACCUAAGCUGAAACCAACUGAAGUAUUAGAGCUCCUUCCUACAAUAACAGGGUUCAUUUCUCAUCCUUCACCAUUAUGUCGGGGCCAAAUGUAUGAUAUUCUCAUGUGGAUAUACGAUAACUACAGUGAUUCAGAAAGUCAAGCAGAUGAGGAAUCUUCAAAAGUGUUGAAACUGGCAAAAGAAUUUUUACUUCAAGGACUGAUUGAUGAGAAUUCUGGACUACAAUUAAUUGUUAGGAAUUUUUGGAGUGAUGAAACUAGGUUACCAACAAAUACUCUUGAUCGCAUGUUGUCUUUGCUAAAGUGUUUGUACUGUGACAAAAUUGAAACUCAGUAUUUGAGUUUAGCUACAAAUUUUCUCCUUGAAAUGACCAGCAAAAGCCCAGAUUAUUCCAGAAAAAUGUUUGAAUAUCCACUUUCAGAAUGUAAAUUUCAGGAUUUUGUAAUUGAUUCCAGUUGGCGGUAUCGAAGUACCAUUCUUACCCCCAUGUUUCUGGAGACUCAGGCUUCCCAAAGUGCUAUUAGGUAUCACUCACAGGAAGGAUAUAUGGGUGGCCAACUAAGAGCUACCCAGCAGCAGUACGAAUUUACGCCCACCCAGAAUAUCAGUGGAAGAAGCUCUUUCAACUGGCUAAUAGGAAAUAGUGUUGACACUUUUGCAGACUAUACAGUUCCUUCCUCUUCUGAGUCGGUUUCUUCAUCCAUGUUGCUCAUUAACAAGCGUACAGACAGAUCUCACAAAACCGCCUUCAAACCAUUAAGUCCCAAUUUUGGGAAAAAAAGACUGGGUUUGCCAGGAGAUGAGGUAGACAGUAAAGCUAAAGGCAUAGAUGAACGUGCAGAAAUUCUGAGACUACGGAGACGAUUCUUAAAAGAUCAAGAAAAGCUCAGUUUGAUCUAUGCAAGAAAGAGUGUUGCUGAACAAAAACAAGAAAAGGUUAGUUCUUCUAAAUAUGCCUGA